UAGCACAAUCCAACCUUUACUUGUAUAGUAGCACAAUCCAACCUUUACUUGAUCAUUAUCAAUAUCUUUUUUCUAACGCUUCUUUCGCUUGUAUUAAAGCCAAUGAAAAUGCCCUAACUACCG